GUUCAUCUGUGGAUCUUGGCUGCCAUUUGCUGCGUUAUGUCAGUUGUUCGUUUCUAACAAUUUUGUUUUAUUUAAUAAUUGUAUGCUCAUAACCUAAUAAAAUUGCUAAUUAAAACACUUUUAACAUUUAAUAAUAUACUGCAAUAAUUCCAGGAACAAAACUAACUAUAAUAUAGUCGUUUAAUCAUUAUGAAGAGAUGGGACCAAACUAAUUUGCAAGCAAUUUGUAAAACAAUUUUUUGUUUGGAAGUUUAAAUGUAAAAUGAGCACAGUAUGUCUUAUUUGAGUGCUUCAGAAAAUGUUGGUUUUAGUGGUAUUCCACAAAACAUAUCAGAUGCAAGCUGUGCUACACAAUAUAAAAUGGCUGUUGAAGGUGUAUCGGGAUGUGGCGAUGUCAACAUGUUUAUACAUGACAAUUCCGGUGAUGAACAAACUUACAUAACUCCAUUUAAUGACAAUUUCUUUACUAAAUUCAAAAUAGAUCCAAACGAGUUAUACACGUUUCAUGAUACUGAUGUUGUUGCUGGUGAGAUCACCGUUAGUCAUACAGAAGAUGCAUAUAUGCUGGAUCAUGAUAAAAUCAAGUUAGAGAAUCCGAGUAAAGAUUUAGAGGUACCAGUAAAAUAUACAAAUGGUGAUGUUAAAAAGGAAAAAGAAGAAAUUGUCACAAACGGACAUUACACACACAUCUCCAAGCAGACUGCUACAGAUAUUAAGACUACAAAUACCAAAGCAUUGAAAACUAAACAGGUUAAAGAGCCAAUACGUAGAGAGUCGACAACUUCAAUUAAUCAAGGAAGUGGCCCCUGUCAGAUUGAAAAUGCAACAGCUACAAGUAAUAAAAACAGUAUUAAUAAUGUUAAUGUAAAUGAUAAUACCAUCUUGUUGUCAAAAACGUCUAGCAACGAAACUUUUUUAGAUGUCUUCAAAAGAGAACAAGGAUUGGUUGAUAAUAAAGUAGUCAUUAAUAGGGAAUCUGUUGCUUCUGUCAUUAAAGUACCUACAACACCACCCAAAAAAGCAUCUGCAGGAAAGACACAUCAAUCAAAACAGCGUAAAGGCCGAGGACCAGCUGUUCAUGAAGCUUUGCAACGGAUAUCUAUCCAAAACCGUGCUUUGCCUGUACCUUGUGGUACAUGGCAUGCUCCAGGAGAAAUAUUGUUUAGCUGUGGACCGCUGGACAGCAAACGUCCUGGGUUCAGGCAGGUUGACACGAGCAGUAGUGAUGAUGAUAAUAUUCCUGAUUAUGAAUCAGGCGGAGGUCCGGUCUGCGUUGAAGAAACAGCAGCAGAAAGUCGAAGUGCAAGGCUGGCGCUGCGUCGGGCUGCUUUACGGAGGCACGUUGUGAGAGCACAUACAGGACUAAAACUAGCCAGAGACUACAGAGAUGAUAGAGCACUAGCAACAUUAAUCAAAAAACAGCUGAACAAGCAAGGUCCUUCAUAUCACUUACCAACACAUACAGUUAACCACCUGCUGGCCAUGCGAGGUAUGCCUGCAGUUCUAACAUCGAAUGAAAGAAGACGGCUAAGAGAAAGCGGUUGGUCUGGUGGCGAGAGUGGUUCAUGGGAUGCCACGAAAGCUAAGUGCCUCGAAGAAAAAUGCGAGGCGGAACCCUUGCCGUGCGGACGUUAUUGUCUAGCGCACGUUACUUUGGCAGCGGAACAGCGCUUGUACGCGGCUUGUGCUGCGGUGUUCGCUGGAGGGGCCCGCUGCAGGCAUCCGCUGCUUCCGCUGCACGAACACACGCCACUCUGCGCCGAACACGCUUGGAAACGGGAUAACUACGAUAAGUUAUGUCGCGAUACAAGACCGAAGAAGGUUGUGCGCGGUCGAGUGCUGCCGAUGACGUCACGGGCUCCGAGACGAGUGAAACGCCGUCGUCGCGUGCCCCUCAAGAACAAACCCCCCGCACCACCGCCCUCAGCCGAACAUUCUCUCUCAGAAAUCAACGUUUAUUCUAACUCAUCAAAUUACGAUAGCUCCGAAGACACCACUAUGGGCGCGCUGAGCGAGAAUGAGUACAUUGCUACAGCGAACAAUUCAAAUGAACUAGAAGUCGAAGUCGGCACGGUACCGUCUGACGUGUUGUUAGAUCCAGCGGUGCUAAGUCAGAUCCCUGACGAAGCAUUCACGGAGUUUUUUAAUCAAGCGGAAGGGUCGUCCUCGUUCGCGGAAAGUUCGGAGCUAGCAGCGGCGCUGGAAGCUGUACUCGACGAGAGAGUAUUAGACGAGAGAGCGUUAGAUUCAAUCACCGACUGUGUUUUCACGCCCCAAACAGAAACGAAGGACAAAAUACAAGUACCGUCUUCGAUGCCGUCGAGCGCACCGUCAUAACAUAAUAAAUUUCUUUUAAGUUAUCUUAUUAAAUGACUCAUGUACUCUUAACAUUUAGGAACAAAUUCGUAUAACAUAGGACUACGUUGAGUUGAAAUUGUCGAAAAAUAUUUUUCUUCGUGCUUUAAUUUUUUUAUGUAAUUUGUACGUAAGUAGAGAUUGUGUAACGCGACGGUUUGGUGUGGGUUCGAACUAAACGUCUAACAUCACAGAAACAAAAUAUCGAUAGCCGUGUUGGCCAUUUUUGUUGUAUUUUCUGUAUAAUCGUUUUUCCAUUAGAAUUUUUGAAGCAAAGCAAAAAUGAGCUAUGAGUUAUAUGUAUAUGUGCUUGACGCGUUGCAUAAGGAAAAUAACUAAUAUCGGUACAUACCUAUUUUAGUUGGAAGUAAAAGUGCGUAUGCUUACUCUAUUCGUUUUGUUAGACGUUCGUUCAUUAAAAUGAUGUUUGGGUGUUAAAAAGUAGGUAAUGUAGGUUGAACAAACAUAUAUAUAUAAAUACAUAUAAAUACUAUAUACAUAUUUAUUUUUUAAAUAUAAUACUUCAUUCGAAAAAGCAAUAACAACACGCUUAAUAUGUGUAUAUUAAAUAAAUAAAAAUACAUCAGUACUAUAUAAUAUGUUAUACUGUGAUGAAUAGUUGCACCGAUUUUUUUAAAUAUUUUAAACUUUCUGCCCUAUUGUUGUAUCGAUUAGAAAUUAUUGAACAUGAUGAUUGCUUUAAUUCUAAUCGUUUUUGAACGGGUAAUAUACUUUUAUCGAUAGAAUUCAGAUGACAUCGCUAACUAAUCUACAAUCAAACAUGUGUUAAGAGAAAUCAUAACUAUUAUUGAGUCAUUUUAGUAACAUUUGACGUCUGUCAGUUUUAUCUUCUUAGUGAGGUGACCUACUUAAAAACAUUGAUUAAAGUGAAUGAAUCGAUACAGACUUGAAACAUAUGUGAAUUUUAAAAAUCUUCAGGUGAAUUCCUGUCCCAUUAUUAUUUUUUCUUUCGUAAAUUUCAAGAGAAAAAUAAGAAAAGUACAUAAUUUAACAAAAAUAUUGCAUUUAUUCAGUUCAAUUAUCAGAACUGUUAUUAAUAUUGUCAUCUUCAUCACAGCACUCAGAGAUAUUAUUAAUUUAUUUUCAAUAAUAUUGUCUAUUCUCACAUCUCGUUCACAAUCCUGUAAAAUUAUUUUCUUUGUUUUCUCUACGAAUUUGGUUAUUGAUUUGUGGUGAUAUUUCUUCACAAGUAAUCAUUGCAUUCGAUUCUACUUAUCAGCUUUCGAUUUUUAGAGCAACAUCCCUAGCGUUAAAAAAGAAAAAUUGUUAACUAACGCAGCAUCGUAACAACGUUCAGUUUUUUAGAUCAGAAAUUGUUUAUUAUGUUUAGAAUGGUUUAUUAGUAAAAUUACUCGUAUCGGUCAUUACAAUUAGAUAUAUAAUAGUAAUUGAAAAAAGUGUGCAGUUCUAACAUAAAAAAUAAAAAAAAUUAUUUUGCCCGCCGUUACAAGGCUACGUUGUUGAGUUUUGAUGAAUUGUCAAAUGUUACCUAUUAAAAUGACCUAUGAGUAAAACACAUGUUUUUCUGCUCAAAAUAGUGCAAGCGAUCAUCAUGUCCAAUAACUUGAAAUAUCGAUAAUAUAUACAUACAUUAGAUACUCAUAUCGAUAAAUUGCAAAUGAUACUUUCAGAAAUAUAUUCUAAUUAAUGCUCGAUGAAUACGAUAAAAUAAAUGUUGCAUUUUGAAUUCUUUACAUGUUUUUCAUAUACAUAUGUAUGAUUGUUAAAAAUCACUUGUAUAACUCAGAAACACCAAUAAAAUAUGUAAUAGUAUUAAGUACAUAUUUUCAAUCGACCAAGUUCCAUAGAUAAGCAAUAAAUAGUAUAGACAUCAGCCAAAUAUAGCUAUUCUUUUUAUUAAGUGAAGUUUUUGGGUUUUCUUCAAUUGAAUGAAUUAAUUGAAGCUGUAUUCAUUUCAAAACUUGGAACUUGUACUAAAAUGAAUGAAUGAAGUUGCCUAAUGCCUCAUAUUUGUUCUUUAAAGCGUCAAUUCUAAAUUAUCGAUAAAAAUAUAUAUAUCGGAAACUAGUUUCGGAUCAGCGAAAAUCCAAAAACUUCACGAAUGUUUACAAAAACGUUGUUAACGGAUAUUAGUAUAAUGUAAACUAGAGGAAUUGUUGAAUACUAUAUAUUAUGUAUAGUCGAGCAUCGCGAGUCACCUAAUAAUGAAUGGAUCCAUACGAGACGAGAAAAUGAACGCGUGUUUUAUUUGUGUACUUUAGUAAUGUAUGCACGAACGGUUUUAGAAUUAUCUUUGGGUGUGUAUGCAACUGUUUCAUCAGUUUUCGUCUGCAGGGUAUGGUCUUCCCCGUUUGUGCCACCUGACUCGUUGUGUAGCUGUUUUAAAAAUACGCUAUAAUAAUAAAUCAAUGAUGCUUUUCAUGAUGUGUUGGUAGUAUCUGUGGUAAGGAAAUUCGUGAAGCAGAUUUCGGAAAUUCUUGUGAGUGUUCUAUUUAUGAGGCCAUCAGCGUAAAUGUGGCCUAACCCACAAUGUUUUUUAUAUUCAAGCUUAUAUGACGUAUAUUGGAGUUUAUUAAAAAUAUAAUAAAUUUUGAUGCAUAUCCGGCCUAUCCACAAUUUCACCCAUAGACAACAGAUAGCUUUAUAAACAUAAUUUUUGCGCGUAUUGUUUUUUUUUGCCUACUCAAAUUCAAAUUCAUGAAAAUUCAAACCUAAUUGCCUUCAUACUAACUGUGGUAAGCUUAGGCCACUUUUACGCUGACGGCCUCAUAUAUUCUCGCGUCUAAAAUAUCGUUCGAUAAGUUUAGUUAAUAUUAAGAAGGGGAUAGUUAAAUUUUCGAUAAAAACUGUUUAAACUAUGAAAACAUAUUCGUCGAAUUUUAAAUAAUUAUAAUCUUUUAGAUUCAGUCAGUCUGUCGCGUCGCGUCUACUUUGAUUCUCCUAAUUUAUGGCAACGUCAACAUUAAACAGUUGCAACACUGAAAUAUUUAAUGGGGUUGCGGGAUUUUUAUAAAUGUUUUCUGAAGUCGUAAAAAAAAAACACUCACUUCCAAUACUUUCGUAGGGAGCAGUCAUCAAGGUUAAUGUAACGUAUAUAAUUCUUUUACGUAUUAAAUAAUUUGUAUUUACCAUAAAACGAACAGAGUACCAAAUAAAUGAUAAUAUUUUUGUAUGUUCCUAAAUAAUAAGAAAUUUGAAUGUGAUUUGAUUUGUGGUUGCGAUUUAAAAGAAAAAAGUAUUGAAUUGGUAUUUUUUUAAUUUAAUUUAUGUACUAAAAAUAUGUUUGGAAAAAAAAAACUCGUCAUAUUAACAAUUUUAUUAUAAUUCCUAGUUUUGUAAUUAAAGUUCCCAACUCUACACUGGAGUGUCCGUGACCGAUUGAAUGCCGUAUCUUAUUCAUCACCUUUUCACAAAAUCAUAUCGAAGGGUGAAAGAAUAUUUUGUUUAAGCGAAAAUUUUGCAGCUCUACAUAAGAGCUUAAAGGGUUUAAAAUAUAGAAAAAAAAAUCAUAUAAAAAAAACUUCUUCAGCUAUUUCAAUGGGGUAAACAUAAUUGAAUAUGCAAUUUCGAAAAGGGCACAUCUCUGAAAAUGUAAAAUGUUCUGGAAAUGAAAAAAACUGAUUAUUUUCUAAAGUAGUGUAAAAUUUAAAAUAUUAACUUUUGAGAUAUAUUUUAGUGUUAAUUGGCAAUUGAAAAUUACUGGAAUUAUUAUAAAAUGGGUGUAGGUAAGCCUCAAAACUACAUGUAUAUGAAAAAAACGUAUUUGACAAAAUAUGCGACAUGUGCCCUUUUCGAAAUUGCAUAUUCAAUUGAAGUUCAAAUAAUGACAUCGAAUUGUUAAUACGAAAUAAAACGCACCUUUAAUUAAUUACAAAGAAAGAUAUUGUGUAUUAAGGGAAACGUCGCUUAAACCAAAUAGCGUUUCACCCUCGAUAUACGUUUAUAAUGGAAUUCAACUGUACGUAUGACGCUGAUUUCUAGAAGAUUUCUUCUUUUUUUGAUGAAAUAUUUAGAACAAUGUCACUUUGCCCGACUGUGAAAAGCUUGAAUCGUUUUUUUUAAAUGUAAGGGGAUUUAUAAGUUAACAAACUGUGUAAGUAACUACAGUGUCUAAAUUAAUAAAUUUUUAGUCUGGGUCUGUAUUACAAUCGUCAAUUCUAAUAUUCUAAAAGUAGUCAUUAACUUAACGAUGUCCUCAAAGAAGCCCCCGGUCACCGUCUUCGUCGAUCCGGUCACCGUCCUCGUCGAACCCGUCGCUUGCGACGAAGGGCUCGACGAGCGAACUAACCCAUAGACACAGCCCACUGAGUUUCUCGCCGGAUCUUCUCAGUGGGUCGCGUUUCCGAUCCGGUGGUAGAUUCUGCGAAGCACUGCUCUUGCUAGGGUCAGUGUUAGCAACUCUCCGGUUGAGCCCCGCGAGCUCACCUACAAACGUUAGGGUGAAGCUGAAAUAGCCUCUCAAGGCUAUCAGCAUAGGUAGAAAAAAAAAAAAAAAAGCUGAAGUUCGCAUCAAUGUUUUAGCCACAACAUUUUUCGUUCUAAUUUAUUUGCUAAGCGUGUUCGGUUCUUUGAAUGACAGUACCUAAAUAUAUUAACAGUGAAUAUAACUGAAAAUGGGUGCUCGCCAUUUUUCGUAGUUGUUGUUAAAAACUUGGUUUGAUUGUUAAUUCUCAAGCCUCCUCGUUAUUUCAAUGUGAUAAAAUAAUGAUAUCGACUACAUAUUUUUUAAAGUCUAAUCGGUAAAGUUUUAAAACAAUUCUAUUAAAAUAGGACCAGCACUGCUUGAAUAAUGUUACAAACAAAAAUAUUUUAAAAACACUCUUGUUUUUUACAAAUAUGUUCAUGCUAACUUGAACUUAGCUAAAUACAUAGUCUACAAUCUUUUUCUCACCCUUUCGAGCAUUUUCUCCCUUUUCUCUUCGUUUUGCUGACGUCUUUUUUUUCUAGCAUCAAUCGAAGUGGUAGAUUUGAUGUUGCCCAUAAUUUUUUUUCGUAACAGAACUUUCUGUCUUCUCUGAAACAUUUCAAUAAAAAACAAUAGAUAGAUGCACUACGAAAUAAUUAUCAAAAUUUUCAAGUGAUUUACUUUUCGAAAAUAAGUUCAAAAAGAGAUUGUCUGAACAGGAAUAGAUAUGAAUCGUCGCAUGUUAACUCGUUGAGUCUACCAACAAGUCCCCAAUCAUCAGGUAUCCCAUGCUUGAUGUUGGGGAACCGAAAAGUGCUUAGAGGUUUAUAGUUAGCAGAUAGCAUAACGUGAAUGACGUGAUCACUGUCCACUUAUGCAGAUUCUGGUUUAAAUUGGCACAAAUUUCACUUCAAAGGCUUCCUGCAGAAUUUAUUUAAUUUUUUUUUGCGUCAUUGAUGCUAUGGUAUUUCGACUACUACACGAUGUUACUUCUUCAACCUCGAAGUGCAUCUGUUAAUUCCGGGACUCCGGGAUUUACAAAUCAACAUAGUCGCAUCACUACAUACGAGUACACAUCGUCUUUUAUGUUAGAAGGCGACGACUUCUUGUUAUUCUUUUCUGUUAGAAGGCGACGUCUUCUUGUUAUUCUUUUCUGUUAGAAGGCGACGACUUGUUAUUUUAGCCAUGCAAUUUUAUUUAUGUUUAAGUAUUGUGUAUGUAUUAAAGUUUCUGUUUUGGAAGCAGUUGUCUCACACCUAGUGAAUUGCUGAAGAUUCCCGAAUGCUUCCCCGUAGAGCUUUCCGAGUUUCUCGAGACCUCUGUGAACUUUGAUCCCCCGGUAAAAAAAAAAUCGCCUUCGUCCCAUUCGUUAAGCGCCAUUUUUAUUUAAUACCUAUAGAUUUUGUAGUACUGUGUUUAUUUUGUUUUGUCACUGCUAACCAAUGUUGCAAAUUUGAAAGACUAAAAGUAUAAUAGUAGAAAAAUCUCAUCAAUUUCUUCACGUUAUUUUUUUCGGUCGAUUAUGUUAAAAUACGAAAUAGUCAGACGUUAAUAAAAGUUUGAUUGCCGAUUGUAACGCAGACUCUUUUGGGGAUUCAGAUACGAUAAGGGCUAUUUGGGCGAUAUUUCUGUCGCGAAAAAAUACCUUGGAAACCAUCGUAUGUUACUUAAUAAGUCUUUCAGUGUGUACCAGUAUAAGCUCAUUGCUUUUGCUUAUCUAAGAUUGGAGCAAAUCGUUUGCUAUCCGCCGACAUCUAUGUGCUUAGUGCGAGUUUUUUAACGUUCUCGUUAGCGUAAAAGUUAACCCAAUUUUGUAUGCAGUUGGAACAACGCCCCUAGCGGCAAACGUUGGCAAACGAUCCCAUUCCAUACAAAUAUAAGCUGACUUUAACGCUAUCGAGAACUUUAAAAAACUCGCACUAAGCACACUAAUCGGAAGCUUUAACUGUUCGUUCGAUUUAGGGACGAUAAUUUUCUGCGGUUGCGUCAUUUAAGGCUUCCGGUGGUGGUGAGAACAGGAUAGAGGAAAAUGGAAAUUCACGUUUAUGAAUUCAAAUUUCGUGACAAGAAAAUCGCCCGUACAGUAUACAGGUCACACACUUAUACGUUAGUGCACAUGGUCGCUGUCAUAAUUGAUAUAUACCGCAUUGCAUAAACACAAUUAAAAGCGCUUUUACGAUUCAAUCUCGCGUCACGAAAACCGUAAAGUAUUUUAAAAGUCGGAAAAUAAGCUAAUGACAAAAAAAAGUAAAAGUCGUUUUAAUGUUGUCUACGACCUGUGUACGCGUAAAUACGCGGGAUAAGGCUUCAUCGCAUUUAACUCAAAUGAACACAUAAUGCCCUCAAAGAAGAUUUUAACUGGAGUUUCCAUUUUAUAAGUUACUGUGUGUUAAAUUAAUAUAAUAUUUGAAGUGUAAUUUUAACUAAAUCGUUCCUUUUAUCACAUUUAGAUCCUAAUAACUAAAUUUUACGCCAGUGUGCGUGUGUAGGGUAUUUUUGAUUUUUAAGUGUCUUAUCUGUAUCCGGAUAGUGACAUCGUUCGAUUCAUUAUUUGCCGAUUGAAUACAUAAUUGAAGACAUGAAUGGAUGGAGGGAUUAAUUUAAUUUUUAAGAUUUUUGAUUUUUAAUAUUGAAUGAAGCUGUUCAAUGUGCCUAUAAACCAUAUUAGACCUUAAAACUCCGAGAUUGAAGGCUAUUUUUAGAAAUUGCAUUUGCCCUUUUUUUUCAAAUUUAACAAAUCCUCUUCAUCCACUCAUGUCCUCAAUUGUUAUAUCAAUAUGUUUAAAAAAAAACACUUUUUAGUGAUUUAGAAAAUUUAAGAGAUUUAAAAAAAUUGAUUUUGCAGAAAUGUUUUCAAUAAUUCACUCGUACACGUUUAGUUUUUAUUGAAUAUCGGAUACGCUUAUUCUUAAUGGAAGCGGUACCUGCACUUUUUUUUUUUGUAAUAUUUUAUACAAACAACAAUAGUUUUAAUCGUCUUGUAUUUUAGAGUUAUAAUAUUUAACAAACAAACAAAAAAAUAAUAAUGUAUCUUUUACAUUUAGAAACAAUUCGAAUUGACUGCUCUUAGAUUAACUUAAUUUAAGUAAGCACUUGAUAUUUUUUAAGUUUUUACUUGGUAGUUUGAUGAUUGAGCGUUUCGAAAUAUAGCCUAACAUGUGAUAAGUACGUUGAUAGGGUUAAUUUUAAGGUUUAAUUAGUUGCAUUAUACAUUUAUUAUUACGUGUUGAGUUUCACUCUCAACCGAAUAGGUUUUGAUGUUUUGCAUAUUUGAGUGCAUUAGCGAAAAAUUUAUUAGGGAAUCAGAAACAAAAAAACAAAAAAAAUUGUUGCGUCACCAUACAACGUGUUCGCCUUAAAUCUACAAAGUCAAAGUUUUAAUAUUAGUUUAAUGUCAUAUAUAAUUCUGUGAAGAGAAACAAAAUCUACUAAACUGCCUGUCUCAAAAUCGGUAAAAGCGUCUUGUUUGUUCAAAUAAUAAUUAAUCUUCCGAACGGUUUUUUUAGGAAAUUAUAAUUCUCUCUUCUUUUUUUUUAAAUAAUUAUUAAACGCCGUAGUGUUCAUGUAUUUGUCUGUAAGGACUUUGGAAGUCUUAAGAAAUUGUUAAAAUGCGUGAUUGUGAAACGUGUUAGAAUGGUUAUAGUAGAAUUGGUGUUUUAGUACCUUCUAAUACGCGAAUCGUGGUGAUGAUAAUUGUAAUUUAAAAAAAAAAUUAUCGUACCGAUUCACAAUUAUCGGUUUACCGUUUUUUUUCAAAUUGAAACGUGCGACUGAAUGAUUUUAUUGAAAGGUGUAGUCGUUAAUUAUUGAGCAUUUAAUUUCGUAUCGUUCAGUGAAAUCGGUGAACCGAUAUUUGCGAUCGUGACUAUUCGAUGAAUAAGUGAAACCGCUACCUCUUUAAAUGCCUGAAAUUGUUCACAGUUUAUUGUCCAUUGCGUGUAACGAGAUGAUGCUAAAAAAAAGUGAAAUAAAUUCGAAAACUUUGA